UCACAGCGGCCUAAUACUCUCUCUAUCCUUCUCUUCUCUUUGCGUAUGAGCUCACAGUGCACGCAAAGGUUUAUAGUUUAAAUGUAAAGCUUUGAGGACAGACCUGCAGAGAAGAGAGCAGACCUGAAGGAUCCUCUGACGGACAAAGAGACUCAGCCAUCCCAUUGAUCGGCUCACAAUGAAGCCGGUGUUAGUCCUCCUUGUCUCCACUGCCUGGACUUUGACUGGUGCUCAGUAUUACUACCAGGGGCUGAUGGAUUAUCUGGAGAACAGGCUGCUGGCCAUAGAGGACCGUAUGCAGUUCUGGCACGAUCAGUCCCAUCGCUACCACACAGAGCUGCAGGACUUCAAAAAGCUAACAGCCGAGGCCAUGGACGCUCUGAGCAAAGAGCACAGCUUACUGUUCAAAGACCUGGAGGGAGCUUCUGCUCGAGUAGAUCGGGUGGAGCGGGAGAUGGACUACGUGGAGACCCAGACUUCUCCUCGGGCCUGUGCAAAUAAGGCAGACAAGGUAGUGGAGCAGGGAGCCUGGGGACUGGAGGAGAGCAGAGGAGAGGAAGAGGAGGAGGAGGAGGAAGAGGAGUGGGAGGAGGUGCAGUCUAGAGUCUCUGACUGUGUGGAAAUCCUCUCUGGCAUCAGAUCAGUGAAGAUCCUGAAGAGAGUGGGCAGCCCUAAGGGCAUGUGGACCAGAGACCCCCGAUCAUCAAAGGUCUACGUCUUUAAUGGGACAUCAGGGGAGAGCUUCUACCAGUUCAACUCUGUCCGGGACUUUUCCAGCUCCCCUGGCAUCUCCGGCAGCAGACAGAUCAGCCUUCCUUCUGAAUUUAGCGGUCCUGGCAGCGCUGUUUAUAACGGCUUUUUGUACUACAUACAGCAGGAUGAUGAAAUAGACGUACAGGUGGUCAGAUACGAUCUGAUGAGAAGCUUUGUGACGGACAUCGCCAUGUUCCCAGUGGAGAGCAAAGCUUCUGUUUACACUCUCAACCCAGAGACUGUUGCAGACCUUGCGGCAGAUGAUGAAGGCCUCUGGCUUCUUUACGCUGCGAGCGACAGUGAACCAAACAUCCAACUUGCAAAGAUGGACCCUGCCACGCUGGAUAUAGAAGAAAUCUGGGACACCCGAUGCCCUAGGGAGAACGCAGAAGCAGCUUUCGUCAUCUGUGGGACCGUCUAUGUCGUUUAUAACACCCGCCUGGCUAGCCGGUCUCGGGUUCAGUGCCUUUUUGAUGUCAAUGACAUGAUAGUCAGUGAGGAGGCUCCACUGUUUUAUUUUCCCCGGAGAUAUGGAGCCCACGCCAGUCUGAAAUACAACCCUGAGGAGAAGCAGCUCUACGCCUGGGACGAUGGAUACCAAAUCAUUUACAGACUGACUAUGAAGAGGAAACUGUUGGUCUGACAGCAGAAGAAGCGUUGAUAUAUUUUCAGAUGCAAUAUAAAAUCAUGUUAAAAUAGUUCAAAGAGAAGUCUGCAGACUCUUCAUUUACAAGAGUGUGUGUAAGGAGUGGAUGUGACGGAUAAUUUGCAACAGACAGAAACAGACUGAGAACUGUGGGGGUCUUCCCACACUGAAAAUAUUAUCAGUGCAAUUACACUGACUAAGUAAAAGUUAAUCUGAAUAAAAUUGAACUUUUAAGAAUCAGUUAAAGUGAAAAUCUUUUAAGGUGGAUUAUAGCCCAGUUCAGACCAAGAUUUUGCAACAAGAUGAAACUUGCAACUCUCUGAAAACCUGUCAGUUCACACCGGUGCAACUGCUAGAAAUAAUGCAUUGUUUUCACUACUGGUUAAAGUUGAAUGUAUUACCUAGUAUAGUGCUGUGCAUCCUGCUUACCUGCACAACUGAUAGAAGGGAAGGAGUGUUUAUCAGGCUGAUUUUUACGUUUUCUGUGUAAAAGGUUUAUUACAAGAGAUAGAUGUCCAAAAUUUCCAAGUAUUGUUUAACUAACAAGUUAUUCUGCUUGCCAUUUAAAGCCUUUUUAAAACAUUUUUUUCAUUUCCCAUUGUAUGGUUGUUUGCUUGCAGUGUCCAAAGACCCAGUGUUUGAGACACUGAAUCUCAGGCAAAUCAGCUGACCUGACUGGAGCUUUGACAGAUAGUUCACACAGAUGCAAUAACAUGCUAAAAUAGUCUUUUUGCAUUGCAAAUCUUUAGUCCAAACCACCCAGCUUCACCGGUCACAGCUCAUUUCUAAAACACCAGCAACCUACAAGAGUUUUUCUUUCCAGACAAUAUAUCACUUUAGGGGAGAGGUGUUUCCAGCUUGGAUUGCAUCACUAAGAACUAGCAUGCUUAAAGCAAUGAACAAGGGCCAAUAUCCAACCUUGUUUGCUUGCAGUUGCUGUAGUAACAUCAUUUAAAUAAAUAGGUAAGAGGUUUAUUGCAAGACAAGGAAAACUGGUGGUCCAUUAUUAUUAAAGGAGUUAAUUGAGGCGUUUUUUCUAGCCAGUCCAACUGGAAAGGAGAACCUGGGGCAGAUGCAGACACUGGCGAUGUAUUUUGGCAUCUCUGGGUGAUUUUAGACAGACACGGUUCUGGUUCUGGCUCUGGUUCUGUUCUUGGGUCUAAGAACCUUGGUGCUUUUUGGCUAGCCAGCCCAUGUUCACACCAUUUUAAGAGGAACCAAAGUGGGAGGAUAUGAUGAGCAUGUAUCACCAUGUCUUUCUUGCUGUCCAGGUAUUCCUUCUUCUAUUUCCUGAGUUAAUUAAUUAGCUAUUUGGUUAGUCCUCAAGUUCGUCAUAUAACUCGAUCUUCCUUGUACUUCUCUCCAGCUUCACCAGGAAUUCUGUUGAUAUCCAGAUCACAGCCAAAUAUUUUGUCUCCUCAGCAGACCACUUUUCCUCCAUUUUCUUCUCAUCUUCACAGCCUAGAGUGUGAUACGCCCACUGAUGAUGUUAUGGUUCCAAAGAAAGAACCAACUAUUUUUGGUUCCAACUGAGAACCAACUUUUUAGGUUCAGAACCAAUUUCUUUUUUAAGUUUGAACAUGCUGAUCGGUUCAAAAUUAGGUUCAGGACCCAGAACUAGCAUGGAUAGCCAGUCUGAAAGGCCUAUAAUUAGCCUUCAGAGUAGUCAUAGGUGUUUUGAUGGCCUUUCUCACUGGUCUCCUUCUUGCAAGGUCACUCAGUUUGUGAGGACGUCCUGAUCUUGGCAUAUCUACAUGAAUGGAUGUAAAUGGACUCUGGGGGAUGUUCAGUGUCUUGGAAAUAUGU